AUGGAUAACACAACCCAGAAUGUUAUCCAGCACUUCUCUAGCUUCACUUCCGGUCAGCUGAUCACCUACCAGCAGCUCCUCUCCCUGGCCCUGUCCGUGUCCUACAUGUCCUCCAUCGUCCUCUCCCUCGGCGUUGUCCUCAACUUCCUCAACAUGGCAACAUUCGUCCUUACCGGCCUCCAAGAUGGCGUCACCGUUUCCUUUUUUCUACUCUCCACUUCCGAUUUCGCCUAUGACCUAAUUUCGCUGACCAUCCGGUCAUGCGUGGUGCUGACUUACUCCGGGCAGACGUCUAUAGUCACGUGCUCUGAAGAGUUCCAACUCGUGGCAUACUGGCACUCUCUGGUUUUCUAUGACUACUCCGUGUACGUGACCGCGUUUAUCGCCCUUGUACGGUGCUGCUGUGUGGCUAUGCCCUUACGUUUCAAAAACCAGUUCACGGUGUCUAGAACUCUUUGUGCCCUGUGUUUAUUUUUCAUCGCCGCCACCAUAUUGAGAACGCCAGCCCUCAUUGCCAUGACACUACGCAAUACUCCAUCACCCAAUCAAACCUCGGCUUUAGAACUCUGGAACAAUCUUCGAAUCGUCAACGACACCCUCAACAGAAACAUCAUCCCUUUGUCUUGUUUCAUCAUCAUUUUCCUCUGUUUAAUUAUCCUGUCUAUAAAACUUUUUUCCGCGUCCAAUUUUAGACAGACCAUGACGGCGCCUAAACAAUCCAAGAAUUCCAGAACCUCUUGGACCAAAAAAGACCUUCGCGUGGUACAGUCGGUGACCUUGAUAUCCACCCUGUUCGUGACCUUCACUCUACCCUUCGUCGUCUGUUCACUCACGCGAACCAUCUACCCCGCCAUGUUUGAAUCGGAUUUCUUACUCAACGGUUUGAUAGAGCUGAGUCAGCUCCUGGGUUUUGUAAACAGCAGCUUCAACUUUUUCAUUUACUUCCGAUAUAAGAAAGAUGAAAAUAGUAUGGAUGAUCAGGAUGAUGAUGAAUGUGAUGACGACACUGUUGAUGAUGACAAUGGAGAAAACUUAGAGGGAUACGAAAGUGAUGUUUGCAAUGACAGCGAAAAAAAGCGAGAAGUGUGA